AUGUCGGAUGUGUCGAACUCCUUCUCAGCUUGGGAGACCCUGCCGGAGGACGAACCUCCGCUGUGCAUCGCAGUUCGACGCCCAGUGUCACCUCCACGCCACUAUGAGGCGGUAAACCGUUGUGGAGUUCCGGUCACGGUACCAAAAAAUGCAUAUGAUGUUCCUUAUUUUGUAUAUGAAACAAAAUCUACUAUCAGCACCACUCCCAUCGCAACAACAACUACUACUAUAGCUACGUCAGAGGAUGAAGAAGAAAAACCGGACGUUGGCAAACGGAUCAUUAUUGCUGUAGCAGUGGUGUUUUUAGUUCUUUGUAUACUGGGCGUAGUGUGCAUGUUGAUAGUUGAUCGAAAAAAACAGAAAAAGAAAUUGGCUCUGUACAUGACAAUGCAAAGAGAGGCGAAAAGGAGAAAAGAGAGACGAAAAAUGAAGAAAAAGAAGAAGAAAGCUAAAAAGAAGAUGGAAGAAUCGAAAAAACGAAUGAAAGAGCGAAACAAGGAGCUGAAACAAGUCCUACAGGAGUAUUUAGCCGGGCAGACAGAGACGUACGCAAGCUACUACGAAGAUAACGAAACAAACGUGGAGCUGCCGCAAUCACCUACUAGUCAGCAAUCCACUCCACGAAGUCCCAGCGCUUCUAUGUCAAGCUCACGUACAAAGGAGAAAACAUCGCAAGGAGGCACAUCUGCACCAAAGGCAAUCGCUCAGGAAAUUCCAGACUCAUCAACUCCCGAAGGCAAAGAAGCUACUCCUCCUCCUCCUCCUCCACAACCUGUGGAGAGUUCGCCUCAACCUCCUGCAGAAACUUCUUCAAAAGAAAUUAAGGAUCCUGGCGCAGUGCCAAUUGAAGCGCCACCGCAUGAUGAUACAUAUGAACAAGUGGAUCUCGGCGGCGUUGAACAAGCACCGCAGGAGAAAUAA